UCAAAUAAAUUUUACUUCACUUGACAUGCAGUCCCAUAUACUUAUGCACAUUGGUGGCCUCAGCGAACUCUGAAAAUUUGGAGUUGGCCUUACGGUCAACUUAACUCUUCUGUAGACUUUAUUACGAGCUGUUAUCUAAUCUGAUUAGCAGAGACUUUGUUCUACUGAGACUUGACUUUUGCAUUGAUUUUUUCGAGUGUCCCCAAACUGGUUUUUCAGGUAUUUGAUGUUAUCCUGUCUGUCUUUAGAGAUGCCAUUUCUGUACUUAAGCCCCAACAUGUGCAGCCUCUGCAGUGAGACACGUAAAUGCCCAGGGUGGCGGGGCACCUGCCACAGGUUUCCCUGAGCACCCGGCUCUCCACAUAUGGAAGUGAGCAGCAGCGUCGCCAUGUUGGUGCCAGACAUUGGGGAACAGGAAGCUAUAUUGACGGCCGACACUGUCAUCAGUUCUUCACUGGAAAUUGAUGGACAGAGUUCAGCUAAAACAGAUCCAUUAAUCCAUGUUAUCCAGAAGUUGAGCAAGAUAGUGGAACAUGAAAAGUCACAAAAAUGCCUUUUGAUUGGGAAGAAGCGCUCACGUCCAAGUGCUGGGGCGAGCUCUCCGGAAGCCCAGGAGCUCGGGGAGAUCCCAGCCAAAGGAGCCCCGCCCCCUGUGGCUGACCGAAGGGCCGAGCCGGCGCAGAUGCCUUCCAGCCCGGACCCUCUCGCCCAGAACGACGGGAAAGCUAUGUCAUACCAGUGCAGCCUGUGCAAGUUCCUGUCCCCGUCUUUCUCUGUGCUCAAGGACCACAUCAAGCAGCACGGCCAGCAGAACGAAGUGAUCCUGAUGUGCUCCGAGUGCCACGUCACCUCCAAAAGCCAAGAGGAGCUGGAAGCCCACGUGGUGAAUGACCACGAAAACUUCGCCAACGGCCCGGUUCCGCCCAGAGCCGAGCCCUGCGUGGGCCCCUCCGGCGCUGUGUGCCUGAGGCCCGCCGAGCGGAAGCAGGAAGGCACCCCCGACCUCCCCGUCAGCCUGCGUGCUCCACAGGCGCACGCCGUCCCCGCCGCUUCCGAGAAGGACAGGGGGAGGAGGAAGUGGUACGCCUACGAGCAGUACGGCAUGUACCGGUGCCUGUUCUGUAGCUACACGUGCGGGCAGCAGCGAAUGUUGAAGACGCACGCUUGGAAGCAUGCCGGGGAGGUGGACUGCUCCUACCCGAUAUUUGAAAAUGAGAACGAGCCCCUGGGCCUGCUGGGCUCCUCAGUGGCCACUGCGCCUGGUGGGGUCGACGCCGUGGUCAUCGCCAUCGGAGAGAACGAGCUGAGCAUCCACAACGGGCCGGCGGUACAGGUUCAGAUCUGCAGCUCGGAGCCUCUGUCCUCGGCGUCGGCCCUGCCGGGUGCGUGUCGAGACAGGGGCCUCCGCGGGGCGGUGGCCCUCGGGCCCCACGAGGAGGACGUGCUGGAGGUGAUCUCCGACGCGGAGGAGAGCCUGAUGGCGGACAGCCUCCUCUCGUCGGCACAGAAGAUCAUCAGCAGCAGCCCCAACAAGAAGGGCCACGUGAACGUGAUCGUGGAGCGUCUGCCCGGCGCCGAGGAGACCGUGCUGCAGAAGCCUUUCCUUGUGAACGCCGCGCUGGAGGAGGGGGGCCUCCCGGCCGCUGCAGGGCCCCCGGCAGGCUGCGAGGGGGGAGAGGAGGCCUAUCGUGCCGACCAGUGCACCGUCGACAUCGGGGGCCUGAUCAUAGGCUGGAGCAACACGGAGAAGAAGGAGAGCGAGCUGAUCCACCCGGGACUGGCCCCCGAUGAGAACGCGCCCCCGGGCCGAAGGAGGACCAAUUCCGAGUCCCUGCGGCUGCACUCGCUGGCGGCAGAAGCCCUGGUCACAAUGCCCAUCAGAGCCGCCGAGCUCACGAGAGCCAACCUGGGGCACUACGGCAACGUCAGCCUCUUAGACCCGGACACCGGGCAGAGGCAGGUGGACAGCACCUUGGCAGCCUAUUCUAAAAUGAUGUCACCCCUUAAAAACUCCUCCAGCGCAUUAGCGAGCUUUAACCAAAGCAGCUGCCCCUUGGUGGCGCUCCCGGAGGGCAGGCAGGAGCUGUCUGACGGGCAGGCGAAGACGGGCAUCAGCGUGUCCUUGCUCACCGUCAUCGAGAAGCUGCGGGAGAGGACGGACCAGAACGCCUCGGACGAGGACAUCCUGAAGGAGCUGCAGGACAACGCCCAGUGCCAGCCCAGCGGCGAGGCCGGCCUGUCGGGCGGCGGCGUGGUGGAGUACAUCCCCAAUGCCGAGCGGCCCUACCGCUGCCGCCUCUGCCACUACGCAAGCGGGAACAAGGGCUACAUCAAGCAGCACCUGCGGGUGCACCGGCAGCGGCAGCCCUACCAGUGUCCCAUCUGUGAGCACGUGGCCGACAGCAGCAAGGAGCUGGAGAGCCACAUGAUCCACCACUGCAAGGCCCGGCUGUACCAGUGCAAGCGCUGCGCCGAGGCCUUCCACUAUAAGAGUCAGCUGAGGAGCCACGAGAGAGAGCAGCACAGCCUUCCAGACCCCCUGUCAGUGGCGGCUUCUGCUGAGCCCAGGGUCCCCAGGGACACCGCCGAGGCCAAGUGCGCCCAGGAAGGUAGGUGUGCAUCCCACACGGCCGCACGACUCGCACACCAGAGAAUAAGUCUUCAGUCCAGAAACAGUACAGAUGCGACGUGUGUGAUUACACAAGUACAACAUAUGUUGGUGUCAGAAACCACAGACGGACACACAACUCGGACAAGCCGUACAGACGUGGUUCCCUCCCACUCCAGGUGCUCUCUGUGUGGCUACGUGUGCAGCCACCCGCCUUCUCUGAAGUCGCACAUGUGGAAGCACGCCAGCGACCGCAACUACAACUACGAGCAGGUGAACAAGGCCAUCAACGACGCCAUCUCCCAGAGCAGCAGGGUCCUAGGGAAAUCCCCUGGAAAGAAUCAGGUAAACAGCAGUGAAGAAGGAGCCGACCCCCCCACUGGGGGUGUGGACACCGUGCUGUCGUCCUCGGAGCCGGCUCCUCAGGCUCCCCAGGCUCCCGCCGAGCGCGAGAAACUGAGCCCCGCAAGCAACUCCUCGUGUCGCUCCGACAAGAGCCCCGGGGCGGCCCCCCCGGGAAUGGAGUACUGCGUCUUACUCUUCUGCUGCUGUAUCUGUGGCUUCGAAUCCACCAGCAAAGAAAACCUGUUGGAUCACAUGAAGGAGCACGAGGGUGAGAUUGUCAACAUCAUCCUGAACAAGGAGUCCGGCGCAGCUCUCAACACGAGCUAGACGCCGCGGGCCUGUGUCUCGCCGCCUCAGACGCCCGGCAGACACACGGGGGACUGACAGGUGUGACUGGAAUUCCAAAUGGAUGAACAGCAAUAAUAUUUAAGUAUUCUGAGCAAGGGGAAAUGGGUUGGAGAGGAAGCAAAGACGUGACCCUGUAUUAACCCUCUGUUACCUCUUGUUAGUGUUGAGUGUAUUUAUUACUAAAAGCUAGAAAUGCAAACAGAAGAGCUAAGAAAGGGUUUUUCAGGAACUGUCCUAAAACUAUUGCUAUAAAAGCGACACAGUCUCAAGCAGGGCUUGGUUUUCUUCCUUUGCAGAGAGACUCAGCAUUCUACCUGAGCCUUCCAACGGAGAGGAAGUGUCAGAUACUCGGUCUCAGAUAUGUUGCUUUACUCCUUCAAAAAAAGGAAAGAAAGCAGACCUCUGAAUCAACACCUAGAUUGUAAAUAGGCAUUUAAGGAGUAAAUGUCUUAAAUUUACAGGGUUUCCUGUGGGCACCAGACUUGGCCAGACCUUAAGGUUGCUAACACUGUCUCAGCGCAGGGCAGGUGCUCCCCAGAGGUUCCGUUUGGGAUCUGACAGGUCACCACAGGGUCUCGGCAAUUACACAGCCGUCUGCCCCUCUUCCAAACCAGUCCGAGCGUUUAGCUGGAAGAGUCUGUUAAAACAACAAAGUAUAAGAUUUGCACUUGAUCAUCAGACCUUGGAAGUAGUUUGAUCUCUUUUUUUUUUUUUUUAAUAGUUUGAUCUCUUAAAAGUCAUUUGGGGGAAGAAGGGUGAGAUCCAGAAUCUGUUCAAAUGAGGGCUUUGAGGUUUUACUUCCCUUGAGUUCAUUGAUUUAGUUACACUUAGCACGAGGGAGGUAACCACAUGUGACUAAAAUAUGAAAAUUCAGGUUGUUUAUAAAGCUUUUAAUAACAAAUAACAUUUGGCAAGUCUUUAGGGUUUCUCCUUUUUAGGAAAUUCCUCCGUCGGCUUUUGCUUUGGAGCACGCCGUAAAAUAGAUGUGACUUCUCAUUUUUUACACGUUUUGUAUUAAUGCGUUCUCCAGAGUCGAGAGGACAGGGUGUGUUGUGUUUGCAUUGGUAGUUUGGUCAUUUACUUACGCCUUGUUUUGUUGAAGGAAACUGUGCCCACAGUCUGAGGCGGGACCAUGCGGGCCGCCUCCUGGUGCUUUUCCUGACGGCUCCUGCCCCGGAGCCGAUCAGUGGGGAAGACAGGGUUCGAAUAUGAUGCUCUAGGAACACGUUUUAGGAAAGAAUGCUCUUCCCAAAGUCCAGGUGUGACCUGGACCCGUUCCCGUCUCUAAGGUAGCAUUAGGAACGAUUUAAGGGGCCAGGCAUCAUUUCACUUUCAUGAUGAUGUGAACACACAGAAUGGAUCAUAACUGCAGCAUUUCAGUUUAGGUAGCUCUAAGUUAUUUAUGAAAGUUACUCCAUUCCUGGUAUGUGGAUUUUACAAAGGUAAAACAAGUUCACAUAUCGUAAAUUAUAUUCCCCAAGUCCACUGCCUGUGGAUUUGUGUUCAUUUCCUCCUGUUUUCAGAAUUAAAACCAUUUCAUUUCAAAUUCAAAUAAAAUAUUUUAAAUAGUUCUAUUAUUAUCACUUAUAUUCUUACCCCUCAGUCCACUCCUUCAUUGCCUGUAGCUAUGACCCGGUAUUUCUUUACAAAAAACUGAUUCUGAAAAUUAACAACCUUCAAAGGAUUUUGUUUUAUAAAUUUUCCGUGGCUUUAAUUUUAUGUAAUCGUUUGGAAAAUACGAAUAACCAAAAAAAUCCCAACAAUUUCAACAGUGAAAUUUUGAACUAUCUUUCUUCAUUUCCUUAAACCACUUCCAUUGAUCGUUACUUAAAUUUUUCACUUGGAAUCAUGGAUUUAAAGUAUCCCUAGCUCAUGGGAUAAAAACUAGCCCAGAAGUUCAAAGUCUUUUACUGUUCAUCUGGCCUAGACAAUCCUCAAAAGCUCUCUCCUGGCCUGUAGGGGGAACCUCUUACCCAAGGCAUUCUCCUUCCCGGUUUGUGGCCAGCCUUAAAUAUCUCUCCCAAAGACAACUGAGUAUUUCUAAAGACUAAACAUGCAGUAGUGAUUGAGGAAGCAACCAGCAGGAGUCCCCUUUCUAGAAGUAACAUUUUAUUCACGGGCUCUGACCUGUUGCCAUACAGAACCUUUUGUUCUCCACUCUGAGCACUUGAUAAUUCUUAGAGUUGAUAGGGAAAAUAGUUUUUCAAAUAAACUUACUGGAUAAAGCAGAGGUGGUGGGCGGGGGGGGAAGGUGAUACAUGUGCCCAGGAUAAGGAACACUGUUCAGGGCUCCAUGUUUCCUCCCUCUCUCAUAAUCCAGAACACACUGGCCAGGCUCUGAAGUGCCAGCACUCCGGCAAUCGGGAGGCACCAUGUGGUGGUGACACUUGUACCACCUUCGCCCAGGUCUUCCGUCCUGUUGGAGGUGGCCGUCGGUGGCUGGGUGUUGUUUCUCUUUCCUCACGGAGCAGGGGGCAUCCACGUUUACAUUCUAUUUCCUGCAGUGUACGAGGCUUGUCAGAGACAGCAGACUGCCCUGGCGAGACUCAGUAUAUUUUCAGUUUUCAUAAUCACUUAUUUAACCUUUUUUUUUUUUAUUGUACAGCAAGGUGCUCUAAGUCAUAGUCUAUAAAGUAUAUUUAAUAGGAACUUGAGUUUGCUAUUCAAGGACAUGAAGACAUGUAUUUUUUUAAGAAAUGAGUAUUGUGUAACAC